UAGAGUUUGUGACGCGAUCGGCCUCUUUUUCGCUCCGACGGGCACCGGGAUAAGCCGCGCUGACGUUUCCCUCGAAGGGGUUUUCGGAAAGGGAAGCCGGAUCUCGGAGAGUGCAGCUGUACUAUAAUCAUGCUUUCAAACUGGUGCAUCCACAAUGCUUACUGUUUCUGCGUCGGGGUGUCCGUACUUCAGCAAGUUCGGCUACGUCGGUUUGCAACCAAAAAAAAACAGUCCAAGCCCACCAUCCUCAACUACAUAUUUGAACGUGAAGCUAAAUAUUGGGGCACAUAAUUAUCACACCCACUACCCGUGGCACUGGAAAAAGGAAAAGGUGUUUACCUAUGGGACGUAGAAGAAAAAUAUUUUGAUUUCUUAAGUUCUUACAGUGCUGUAAAUCAAGGCCAUUGUCACCCAAAGAUUACAGCAGCUUUGAAAUCCCAGUGUGAAAAACUUACUCUGACCUCAAGAGCAUUUUACAAUGACGUGCUUGGUGAAUAUGAAGAAUAUAUCACGAAAAUGUUCAAAUACAACAAGGUGCUUCCGAUGAACACAGGUGUGGAGGCUGGAGAAACAGCAUGCAAGCUGGCUCGUAAAUGGGCUUACGCAGUGAAAGGUAUUCCGAAAUACAAAGCAAAGAUUAUUUUUGCAGCUGGCAACUUCUGGGGAAGAACAUUAUCAGCAAUCUCAAGCUCUACAGAUCCUUCCAGCUAUGAUGGAUUUGGACCAUUCAUGCCAGGUUUUGAAAUAAUCCCCUACAAUGAUUUGCCUGCUCUUGAGCGGGCGCUUCAAGAUCCAGAUGUUGCGGCUUUCAUGGUCGAACCGAUUCAAGGUGAAGCUGGUGUGAUUGUUCCCGAGAAAGGUUAUCUCACGGGAGUGCGAGAACUUUGCACAAAGCACAAUGUCCUCUUUAUUGCUGAUGAAAUUCAGAGAUUGGCCAGAACAGGAGAAAUGUUAGCCGUCGAUCAUGAAGUUAGACCUGACCUGGUUUUGCUUGGAAAGGCGCUAUCUGGAGGGGUUUAUCCUGUGUCAGCAGUUCUGUGCGAUGACGAAAUUAUGCUCACCAUAAAACCUGGCGAACAUGGCUCUACAUAUGGAGGGAACCCACUGGCUUGCCGAGUGGCUAUGGCAGCACUUGAGGUCAUUGAAGAAGAGGAAUUGGUUAAAAACGCAGACGUCAUGGGCAGCCUAUUGAGAAACGAGCUGAUGAAGACUCCAUCUGACAUUGUCACUCAAGAAGGGAAAGGAUUGUUGAAUGCUAUUGUUAUUCGGGAAACUAAAGAUUGGGACGCCUGGAAAGUGUGCCUGAGACUCCGUGACAAUGGGCUGCUGGCCAAGCCAACACAUGGUGAUAUCAUCCUGGCUCCCCCACUUGUGAUCAAGGAAGAUGAGAUCCGAGAGUGCACUGAAAUUAUCCACAAGACCCUCCUCUCUUUUUGAAGGCUUCUUGUGCCCUGUGCCCGUACCUGUGCCCGUAAUCAGAUGGCAAACUGCUGUAGCUGAAUAUGGUAUUGCCCGAGCUCAGCUUGAUUCUUCCCGGUUUAUUUAAUUUUUUGCUCUGUUCAUCCACAGAAAAGCAGACUUUGAAGAUCAAACUGAAACAUUUAUUUUAUAAUGGACUUAAAGGAACAAAAAAAAAAA